GUAAACAAAUCACAUUGCAUCAUGGCUGCAGACUCUAUGGAAAUUGAUGAUGCUUUGUAUAGUCGCCAGAGGUAUGUUCUUGGAGACAUGGCAAUGCAGAAGAUGGCUCAGUCCCACGUAUUCCUGAGUGGUAUGGGUGGUCUUGGUGUGGAGAUUGCCAAAAAUAUAAUUCUGGCUGGGGUAAAGGCUCUUACCGUUCAUGACACCAAGCAGUGCAUGAAAUGGGAUUUGGGGAUCAACUUCUUCAUCCAUGAAGAUGAUAUUACCAGUCAAAGGAACAGGGCUGAGGCCACACUUCAUCAUAUUGCAGAACUUAAUCCAUAUGUCCAAGUAGCAGCAUCAACUGUGCCGCUAGAUGAAACCACAGAUCUGUCUUUUCUAAAGCAGUACCAGUGUGUCAUAUUGACUGAAGUAAGUCUGUUGCUGCAGAAGAAGAUUAAUUACUUCUGUCAUGCUCAGCAGCCACCUAUUAAGUUCAUCAGUGCAGACGUAUAUGGAAUAUGUUCACGUUUGUUUUGUGACUUCGGUGAUGAAUUUGAAGUGCUGGAUACCACAGGAGAGGAACCAAAGGAGAUUUUCAUUUCAAAUAUAACACAAUCAAAUCCUGGUAUUGUCACUUGCCUUGAAAAUCAUCCACACAGGCUUGAAACAGGACAGUUUUUAACCUUUCGGGAAGUGAAUGGAAUGUCAUGCUUAAAUGGAUCCACACACCAAAUAACAGUGGUGUCACCUUAUUCCUUCAGCAUUGGCGACACGUCAGAUAUGGAGCCUUACUUACAUGGAGGUAUAGCUGUCCAAGUGAAGACGCCCAAGAUGUUUUACUUUGAACAGUUGGAGAAGCAGAUAACUAAUCCACUAUACCUUGUUGCGGAUUUUAGCAAGCCUGAGGCGCCUUUGCAGAUCCAUGUUGCCAUGCUUGCCUUGAACCACUUCCAGGAGAACUUUGGUCGCGGACCAAACAUUGGAUGCCUUCAAGAUGCUGAGGAAAUGCUGAAAAUAGCCAUGUCUAUAAGUGAAACACUGGAAAACAAACCUCAGGUGAACGGAGAUGUAGUGAAAUGGUUGUCUAGGACUGCUCAGGGAUUUCUAGCUCCUCUGGCUGCAGUAUUGGGUGGUGUUGCUAGCCAGGAAGUCUUGAAAGCAGUAACAGGAAAAUUUUCUCCGUUACAGCAGUGGCUAUAUAUCGACAUGUUAGACAUUGUAACACCUCUAGAAAAGAGGGGCUCUGAAGAAUUUCUCCCACGGGGAGAUAGGUAUGAUGCCUUGAGGGCUUGUAUUGGAGACUCUCUGUGCCAGAAGCUGCAUGAUUUGAAUGUUUUCUUGGUUGGCUGUGGAGCGAUAGGCUGUGAAAUGCUAAAAAACUUCGCACUUCUUGGUGUCGGUACUGGGCAAGACAAAGGCUUGGUUACAAUUACAGAUCCAGACUUGAUAGAGAAAUCCAACCUGAACAGGCAGUUUCUUUUUCGACCUCAUCACAUACAGAAACCCAAAAGCUAUACUGCAGCAGAAGCAACUCUGAACAUCAAUCCUUACUUAAAGAUUGACUCAUAUAUUAAUAAAGUUUGUCCAGCCACUGAGAACACUUACAGUGAUGAAUUCUAUACCAAGCAAGAUGUGAUUGUGACUGCUUUGGACAAUGUUGAGGCAAGGAGAUACAUUGAUAGUCGUUGUGUAGCAAACCUGCGUCCUCUUAUAGACUCUGGAACUAUGGGAACGAAAGGACACACGGAAGUUAUUGUGCCCCAUCUAACAGAGUCCUAUAAUAGUCACCGGGAUCCACCAGAAGAAGAAAUACCUUUUUGCACCUUGAAGUCUUUCCCAGCUGCCAUUGAGCAUACGAUACAGUGGGCAAGAGAUAAGUUUGAAAGUUCAUUUUCUCACAAGCCUUCAUUGUUUAACAAAUUCUGGCAAACCUAUCCAUCCGCAGAAGAAGUUCUACAGAGAAUAAAAUCAGGGGAGAGCUUAGAAGGCUGCUUUCAUGUUAUUAAAACGCUCAGUAGAAGACCCCGAAGUUGGACACAGUGUGUGGAACUAGCAAGAGUAAAAUUUGAGAAGUAUUUUAGCCAUAAGGCUCUUCAGCUCCUCCAUUCAUUUCCCCUUGAUACACGAUUAAAAGACGGAAGUUUGUUCUGGCAGUCACCAAAGAGGCCACCUUUCCCAGUGAAGUUUGAAUUGAAUGAUCCUUUGCACUACAGUUUCAUUGUGAGCGCAGCAAAACUGUUCGCAACAGUGUACUGUGUUCCUUUCACAGAAAAGGAUUUGUCAGAGGAAACUAUUUUGAAGAUUAUUUCAGCUGUGAAGGUACCAGAGUUCAGACCUUCAAACAAAGUUGUACAGACUGAUGAAACUGCAAGAAAACCAGAUCAUAUUCCAGUCAGCAGUGAGGAUGAAAGAAAUGCUAUUUUCCAGCUGGAGAAGUCUAUACUAUCCAAUGAAGCUCUGGAAAAUGACUUGCAAAUGAAGCCCAUCUCUUUUGAAAAAGAUGACGAUAGUAAUGGGCAUAUAGAUUUCAUAACAGCAGCAUCAAACUUGCGAGCCAAGAUGUACAACAUCGAACCAGCAGAUCGGUUCAAAACAAAGCGCAUUGCUGGAAAGAUAAUUCCUGCAAUUGCAACAGCUACAGCUGCAGUAUCGGGGCUAGUUGCACUGGAACUCAUCAAAGUUGUGGGUGGCUACCCAGCUGAUGCAUACAAGAACUGUUUUCUGAACCUAGCCAUUCCUAUAAUGGUCUUUACAGAAACUGCUGAAGUAAGAAGAACGGAAAUCAGAAAUGGGAUAUCAUUUACAAUCUGGGACAGGUGGACAAUUUAUGGGAAAGAGGAUUUUACUCUCUUGGACUUCAUAAAUGCUGUCAGAGAGAAAUAUGGAAUUGAACCAACUAUGGUUGUACAGGGAGUCAAAAUGCUGUAUGUUCCUGUGAUGCCAGGUCAUAUUAAAAGAUUAAAGCUGACGAUGCAAAAGCUUGUGAAACCAUCAGCUGAUAAGAAGUAUGUGGAUUUGACAGUAUCGUUUGCUCCAGAGACUGAUGGGGAGGAAGACUUGCCAGGGCCACCAGUGAGAUACUACUUUGUUCAGGAAGACAAUUGAUGGUAGAGACACAAAAGUCACUCCUGGACCAUUUGUUCUGAAAGGAUUGUGCUAAUUUUCAGCUAUUAAAGAUGGUACUAGAUAUUUUUUUUUUGGUGAAGCCUUAAUUAAAACAAAUGGUGAAAAUCAGUGGCUUUGCACUGAAGACGUACUGGAUUUGUGUUUCAUCUGCUUCUGUUUUCUUCAAACCUGUUUGCUCAAAGCAGGAUUGGUCACUGCAUGAGGUGGAAUGUCCAGUACAGUCCUUACCUUAAGGACAAGAUUUGUAUUAAUUUGUGGGGAGCUGAAGAAAGGAAGAAGAAUGCUGAACCUAACAAAUGGUCCCCAUGUGCAAAUUAGGUGCUGCUUAGAGAAGAGUGCAACAAAUGGGGAAACUGCCAUUUUAGAACUCCAGGUGUUCUAAGAACAUCUGAAAUCCAUUGCAUAUAUUAAUUAAUUCUCAAACAAGAAUUUCAUUCUUGCCAUCUGCACAU